AUGGAGACCGCCAAGCAAGCUUUCAACUACGUCGCUGAGACCGUUCAGGGCGCUGCCUCUGGUGCUAGCAAGGAGACCAACAAGGAGAUUGCCAAGAACGACAAUGUCAAUGUUUCCACUCGUCUUUCCGCAGCCAAGGAUGCCGUCGGCGACAAAAUUGACGAAUCAACGCACAAUGGCAAGGCCGAAGCUCACAAGCAGCUGGCUGAAAACAACUAA